AUGUCCAUGUUGAAUGCAGAUAAAUUAAGAUUGUCACAGACAGCGUGCGGCAAAGCAGAUUUCGUGUUUCUUCUCGACGAAUCUGGAAGCGUUGGAGCAGUCGACUUCGAAACUGCUAAAACAUUCGUGAAGAAUGUCGCCAAGUCCUUCACCGUUGGCCCCAACGACAUCCAGAUCGGUCUCGACACCUUCGCGUCCUACCCACGCAGGCACUUCAAGCUUAACCAAUACACGACGUCGGCCGAAAUACAGACCGCCAUCGAGACCAUCGACUACGCCGGCAGCAGCACCUCAACCGCCGACGCUCUGGCUUUCAUGGUGAACGACAGCUUCAGCGCGGCGUCGGGGGCGAGGGAAGGAGUCACGAAGAUCGCAGUCGUCAUAACGGACGGAAAGUCGAACAACAUAGCGGCGACGAGGACGCAGGCCAAGUUGGCGCGAGACGCCGGCAUCACCAUCCUGGCCGUCGGCGUGGGCAGUAACGUGGACGACACCGAGCUGAAUGACAUCGCCAGCGACCCGGACAGCCAGUACGUGUUCAAGACGGAUUCGUUUGACGCGCUGAAGACCAUACAGGACGUGUUGGCCAAGACGGCCUGCGAAGUGUCACAGACAGCGUGCGGAAAAGCAGAUUUCGUGUUUCUUCUCGACGAAUCUGUAAGCGUUGGAGCAGUCGACUUCGAAACUGCUAAAAUAUUCGUGAAAAAUGUAGCCAAGUCCUUCACCGUGGGUCCCAACGACAUCCAGAUCGGUCUCGACACCUUCGCGUCCGACCCACGCAGGCACUUCAACCUUAACCAAUAUACGACGUCGGCCGAAAUACAGACCGCCAUCGACGCCAUCGACUACGCCGGCAGCGCGAUAGCUUCAGCGCGGCGUCGGGGGCGAGGGAAGGAGUCACCAAGAUCGCAGUCGUCAUCACGGACGGAGUGUCGAACGACAAAGCGGCGACGAGGACGCAUCACCAUCCUGGCCGUCGGCGUGGGCAGCAACGUGGACGAAACCGAGCUGAAUGACAUCGCCAGCGACCCGGACAGCCAGUACGUGUUCAAGGCGGAUUCGUUCAACGCGCUGAAAACCAUACAGGACGUGUUGGCCAAGACGGCCUGCGAAGAAACUAGAGAAUGCGGUCACGCCGCGCUGCAGAACGCCGUCACGGGUAGGAUGUUAAACGGUCGUCCUAACGGGCGAUGUGAGUGGCCGUGGAUGGUGUCGAUGCGGACACAGACAAACAGUGAGGCGGCGUCAUCGUCGGCAGGAACAAGGUCAUCACUACAGCAGCGUGUGCGCAGAGUUUUAAUUCAUCUACGUAUGAAAGACACGUGGGGUCACAAUAAAAAGUCCAUAGCGCGUAUGACCACCAUCUGCAGCAACACAAGCCAUGCAACGUCUCCUCAUCGACCUGAUAAGUCUGCGAACAGUGUUCUGGGGGAUAGCAUUCCACUCCUGCUGUGGUGCAUUUUCCAGUUCUCUAAGAGCAAUGAAGAUAACGAACGUGAUGCCGGGAAACACCUCUCAUUUAAAUUAGCACCGGUCCGUCUCAAGUACAUUAUAUCAGGAACUUAG